AUGGCAACAUCGAAUUCCCUAGAUGCAUCUGGCCAGUUUAUGUGGGAUAGAGUAGCAUAUGCCUAUGUUGAUAGGGAACUCAAGCCAAAUAUUGAGCAAUUUGAUUUCUCAACAAAUCAUGUUAGCCAAAACACUGCAGGUCUUCUUUCUAUGUUUCUUACGAACGAAGAAUACUGCCUUACAUCAUUAAAUCUUACACAAUGCAGAUUAACAGAAAGUGCAUCAUGCACACUCUUCCAAUCACUCGCUAAAUCUAAAAUUAAAGAACUAACUCUCGAUAAGAACUUAAUGACAGCGAAAUGCUGCGAAGAAUUAUCUAAAGCACUCACAAGUAACCUUAAUAUAGAAUAUUUAUCAAUGGAAGGCUGUGAUAUUUUAGCUGAUUCUAUGGUUACUCUAGUUAAAGCAUUUCCAACAGCGAAGAACUUAAAAGUGGUUAGAUUCGAUAACAACUCAAUGUUUGAUAGAGGAGCUAUAGCUCUUGCAGAAGCAAUCAAAGAAACGAAUAUCACUUCUCUUUCAGUAGCAGACAAUCAGAUAUGGAAGGACGGUAUCUUAGCCCUAUUACAGGCAAUUACUGAUCGCGGAAUUAUUGAAGAGCUUGAUGUUUCGUAUAAUAUUUUGGAAUUACAAGCUCUUUCUCAAUGCAUUGAGAGAAUUUCCACUCUUACUGCAUUAAAUAUUAGUGGAUGCAAGGUCGAUGAGACAUUAAUUGAACUCUUUUUCCAAAGCAUUCAAAGAUCAAAGCUCCAGACAAUUAUAAUCAACGGAUUGAAUACGAACAAAUUACCAAUUGCAUGGCCACAUGUUCAAGAUACUGUUUGGAACUCAAUUAAUUUCAAAGAUCUCAUUGAAGCAAUUCGUAACACAGAAACAUUGACUGAUGUCAGAAUCGGUUUUCUUGAAAGCUACCAAUUAGGAACUCUCAUCGAUACCCUCGAGCAUCAACCAAGUAACGGCCAAUUCAGCAAAAAACUAACUUUAUCCAUGUACGAUUUCGGCCGAACUGGCAAUUGCUGGGUCGCCACAAUACCAUAUUUCGAACUACAAGCACCAUGCGAUGUUUUCAAGUGGGCUUCCAAACUUGGGUUAAAUGUCGCAGUCAGAGACAUGCCAAGGUUCAUCAAAGCGUCAAAGUUUGAUGGUGCUCCUGUCACGAAAGUAGAUUUUUCAGGCUGCAACAUCGAUAACGACUCCCUGAAAACAUUAUUAGAUGGUCUUCACCAAGCAGGCAUUGAAGAGCUUGAUCUCUCCGGAAAUCCAUUUGAUGACAAUGCUGUUGAAGCAAUCAUCUCAUUCCUUGGAGAUUCGCCUUUGUUCUCCCUCAAAAUUGAAAAAUCUAAUUUGUCAGAUUUCGGAUUAUCCAAAUUGUUCUCAUUCCUUCGCUCCCAGGAUGGACAGUGCAAUCCAAUCAAUAUCAGUCUGUCAUUCAACGGAGACACCAAUGAUGAACUCGCAACACACUCAUGUUUCAAUGAACUUGCAGAAGUAGUUGCACAGGAAUCCAAGCUUGAGACAAUUACAAUGACUGGACCAAUCACAUCCAUCGAUGCCGGAAAAGUCAUUGUUUCACUUAAGAAUAACGAAAGAAUCACUUCACUCAAGUUACUAGGAACAAUUCCUGACAAAUACAAAGGACCAUCAGUUCCGCCAGUCGACUACAGAGUCAUGGAUGGAUAUAUUCAGAUGGCUAAGAACUUACACAUCGUGUUAACUAACCCUGGUUCACAUUGCAGACUUCACAAUUUCGAAUUCCCAUUAUUCGCUCAGAACUUCCUUUAUAACGAUCAGGUGUUGGAGUUCUGGAGUGAAGUGGAGUCCAAGCUCGAUGAAAAUGCUCGUUUGUGA